AUGGGCUGGCGCAUAUGUAAUGGGUUGGAAAUGCCACAUGUUAAGUUUUUUAUGUAAACAGACACCCCCUAAUUUUUUGUUAAUUAUUUGAACUAAUCUAACUCUGUUUGUACAGUUUUGACGUCAGGUCAAUACUCAAAGAUGUCAGUAUGCAGUGCUCUAAUGCCUCUGAUACCUGAGGGAGGUCACUCGUACCUGCUCUGCUCAUGCGCAGCUCAAUAUUAAAUGAGCGUCGGCUAGAGCAAGACGCUAACUUUGGCUCUCUCCCUUAAUAAUCCACAGGGAGGAAGGUCCUGUUUAAAGAAUAUUACACGUCCAGAACUAACAAAGUAUGGAAGACUGAAACACCACUGAGAGGAAUAUGAUUUUGCCUGGUCAGAUUGGAGGGCCUAUUUAAGGACAUACAGUGUGAGUUGGAUAUGGAUCUGCUUUGCUGGGGUAGUGGGGAGCUGGGCCAGAAUGGACAUGGCAGGCCAGGGGAAAUCAGUCCAGAGGAGGCCCAUCUGAGAGAGUUCACAGUUGCCAGGUUGGGUGGGGUGAAGCUCAUGGCAUGUGGAUCCAGUCACUCCAUUGUGGUCACAGUGGAUAACAAGAUCUUUGCAUGGGGAAAUGGCACCAGUGGACAGUUGGGUGACGGAAACAAGACAGUGAAGGACCGUGCAGUCGAGGUUAAGUUACCACAGGAUCUGAAUGUUGAAGGAAGUCACAUCAAUUCUGUCGUGGUUGGUGUUGCGUGUGGAAGCAGACACUCCUUCAUAUGGACUGAAACUGGGCUGGCCUACGGUUUUGGGAACAACUUUUAUGCUCAGCUAGGCUAUGACUUCCAGAGGGCUGACUUCAAAGAGCACCAGCUGGCACCGCGUUUGUUCCAGAAUCUUCCAUCAUCUCUGAAAAUAUCUCAAGUGGCCUGCGGAGAGCGACACACUCUGUUUGCGCUGGAGGACGGCAGUGUGGCGGCGUGUGGGCAGAAUGAUUAUGGACAAAUUGGCAGCGGUUCUAAUGAAAAUGUGAUCGUCCCUCGCUUUGUGGAGUGUGUGGACCAUGUGUCAAAGGUCACCUGUGGGGCAAACCACAACCUUGCACUGACAGUUGACGGGAGGUUGUUUCAGUGGGGCUGUGGACGGGCUUGUGGAAACACACAGAAGAACAUCCUGUUCCCAGAAGAAGUGACCCUACCAAGUUCACCAGUCAAAGACAUUGCCGGGGGAUGUUGGCAUAGCCUACUUCUAACAGAUGGUGGGAAUGUCUUCUCCUGGGGGAUGGGGCAAGAGGGACAGCUUGGACUUGGAGAGAAUUGGAUUCACGUCUCCGCUCCUUGUCUUCUCAGCCAUUCUCAACUAGCAGAGGUCACGCAGAUACAAGCAGGGGACAGCUACAGUGCAGCUGUCACAGCAGAUGGAGAGCUGCUUCUCUGGGGUCAGAUCCCCUGUGUGUCCCAGGUCAGUGAUCACCCUGGCCUCAAAAGGAUCUGGACCCCACAGCCUGUUCCACUGGCAGGCAGAAAGGUGUGUGGUGUGGCCUGUGGAACCUGGCAUAUGAUGGCACUCACUGCUGCAACCUUCCCUUCCCCUUCUCCAAAUGAUGUCUUGCUCCUCCUUAAGGCCCCUCCUCACUCACUUUCUCACUCAUCAAACCAUAAUUCACUUCAGAGGGAAGCAUCAUUAAUGCACAGGAGCAGAGAGAAGAACAGAGAAUGUGCUCACCCAGAAACUGAAGCUCGCUUCAGAGACCUUGUCAGCAAUCCCCUACCGACAGAGCACACGGAGAAAGAAAACACAGUGAAAGACUCCAGACAGGUUCAACACAUGCUGCUUCAAGGUCUUGGGAAACCAGAGGAGGAGAAACAUGAAGAAAGAGGGAGUGCAGAUGAAGAAGAGUUACACAAAGAAAGAGGAAAAAGAAAGGGAGAUGAAACAUUACACGAUUCAGCAUUUGCCGUGGCCAGGUCUACAACGGGAAUGGACAGGACAGGAAAUGGGCGCUCAUCAAUCAAAUCUAACCAAGGGGAUGAGAGGGAGGGUGGCAGGACAGUGGGGCCGUGGGAGCUGAAGGAACAGUGCAGAAGGAGAGGAAGCAAAGAGGUAGUCUUCACCACUUUGCAUCUUUUACCCAAGUCAGAGGGAAGGCAGUUCAGGCCCGCUGCCAGCACCUUGCCCAGGCUGCUGACGGGACAACAGACUCAUGGCAGAGUUUUAACUGAGGCUAGUCAGGAUAGAGCUACAAGUCUGUCUGAGUUGGUCCAAAAAUCUGGGAGUGAUAGCAGUAUUUUGCAGAGUCCCAUGCUCAGAGCCAAACCCAGACCUCCUGGGAGAUGUACAGGUCCUGGGGCUCAGACCAUGGCCCAUUCAAAUAUGAGACUAAACGCUGGCCUUGAGUCUCCGAUUUACAGUUCUUCUCUCCAUCUGAGCCCUGAAAAAAAAGUUCAGAUGUCCUCCUCUCUCCUCCUUCCAGGACUGCGAGUUGAAACCUCUUUUUCUCCGACUCUGUCCUCUUCUGAAGCGUUUAGGCACUGUCCCUCACACAGAAGAGUGGUUUCUUCUUCUGCCACGUCUUGGAAGAAUCUAGUGAGGCCCUUCAUUAGCCUUGUACUUUAUGCAAACUGGUUCUUUGCCACAGUGCAGAUCACAACCACAUGGUAAUUCCUCUCAUCAGGAUUUCAUUAUGAGUGAUGCAUCUGGUUUUUUUCAUUAUCUGCAUUUGACAAAAAUGGCCCAUUGUCAAAUAAGCUGGCAGUGUAUAGCAUGUUGGCAGUGUUGAGUUAGACCCAUCACUCAGCAGUGUUUACAGGAAUGCCUUUACUUUUUCCGGUAUCACAUUCAAAAUUUACUGUACUAAAUAUUAAGUAAUAAUUCAAAUAAUAGUAAUAUUGUAUUUUUUAAUAUUGUAUCACUAAUAAUGUUGUAAUAAUUCAUGUUUUAUCAUUUUAAGUGCUGAAUCAUUAUGGUAUCAAGUUUUCAAUUACUGUACCACCUGUUAGUUAUUAUUUAUGUGGAAAUAUUGAAAUAUGUUCUUUUCCUGUUUUGCUUUCAUCAGAGGAGUCGUCAUUUCAGUUGGACAAAGAAGAUACACAGACAUUAAAGCUAUUUAUUACCUUGA